UUUCUCUUAUUUUUCCCAACAUUUUGUGUUUAAUCUCUGUAAAAACUAAAUGACUAAUUGUUUGGCAAUUGAUGUGUUAAUAACAUGAACAGGGUUGGACAAGCACUGCCUCAAAUACCUAAGGCGUAUAUUAGAGUGAAGGAUGAGAACAUGACAGUUUUCACGGUUAAAAAGUACCUGGUUAGAAAGCUCGGUCUCUCCAACGAAGCUGAGAUUGAUAUACUAUGCAUGGGGCAGAACUUGUUGCAAACACAAACUUUGAAGCAAGUGCGAGAUGCUGUUUGGCUGCCGGGAUUAAUACAAUCCAUAAAUUCAACAGCUCUAGUAUUUGCAACCUCACAAGGCAGGCCGAUUAACCAUUUGAUGCAGUUGCAUUAUGGAAGAAGAUGCCUCGUUUGAUAGUGUAAGAAUUUUUAGAAGCAUAUGUGAUGAAUAUGCAUGCUUUAUCAACCAAGGUUAAAUUAAUGU